AUGGCCAAAAGAGGCACCAUACCCCUGAGAAAAUCGAUCCUAAGACGCAGCAGAGCGCCGCCGGAAAAACGCGUCGUACCCGAAGAAGAUGAUUAUCAGCGGCUCAGCGCGUUUAUAGAAGAGAUAGAAAAUGCGAGCUCUCUAUUGGCGGCACCGCGGCAGGGGAAGGAUAAUCGCCGAGAUGCACCUAUCACGGAAGAAGAUAACGAUGUGUCACCGGAAGCGCUUUGCCGCGAUAUCCUGCAGGAGAUUGUGGAAACUGAGUUUAAGGAACAGGCGCUAGAGCGUGAAACCAAACAACGUCCAGCUGAUUUUAAAGACUCCAUGGUCGGUUUUCGAGAUUCUACUGGACCCCGAAUAUCGAAGGCCCCGAGUAGAAGGACCAGAAAGUCCAGUGUUGCGUUUGUGAGGAUUAAAAAUGAUCAGGAGCUGUUGCCGGAAAUGCCCUCCGCGUAUUCGUCCGCUAAGAAAAGCGUGGAAGGCAGAUACGUUAUUUCGUACGACGAGUUAGGGCCGAGGGUGUUGGGGCAAUCGAUCAAGAGCGAAGACAUGUUCUUUGCUUUAGACACGGACGACAAACCUCUGACAUUCUUCGACUACCUUGAUGAUGGCGAGGUGGAGGAGGAGGCAGCGGCCGCCGUUGAAGAGGAUUGGGUUUUGGACCGCGAGCCUUACUACGAGCGCCACGAUAGCAUCGCUGCGCAAAACGCCAUAUUCAGGGCGCGCAAUUUUCUCCUACAGAAGAAGUUGGCCAUGUUUUUUAAGAGGAAAAAGGCGAGUAUUGCCACGUCCGGCAAUAUGGACCACUCGGUGACCAGGGAGACGGACUGGUCGUACGACGCGGAGAUGAAAUAUCUCCGGAUACUGGAAGCGUACGGCGAGCUCCUCGACUACGAGGCGACAGAGAAAGAACGCGCGGCCGCCGCAAUAUCCGCGACGCGUCGAAAACGACACGAAAGGUCCGACGCGCUCGACGAGCUUUUCAGACGAAUGCGCGACCGCGAGGUCGAAGUCGGCGCCGGCCUGAUUUAUACUAAAACCGGCGCAGUCAUACCGGAUAAGCUCGUCGAGCGUCUCCUCCGACGUCAGAGUUACCAGAUGGAGCAGGUAUGUUCGAUGCGGCUCCAGUCGAUCAUACUGCGGGACGCCGUCCAGGAAAAACUGGAUGCCAUAUCCGAGAUCGACAGGGUCGCGCCCGGCUUAUUUUUGAUAGAUUACGAGCAACUGAAGAUCGACAACAGGAGCCACGCCGACAAGAUUGAAGAAGAGGACGAGCUGCUAGCCAGGUUGAGGGACAAAUGCACGAGCACGAUCCAGGUAUUAGCGCACCUGCGGGAAAAGUCGUCCGCGUUGGAGAACGACCUCGCAGUUUUGAGGUCGGAACGCAGCGCCGUCCUGGCCGACUACGCGAAGGUCAGGGAGGUGUUGAACGGCGCCAAAAGGCGUCGCGACGCUUACCGAACCGCUACGGAAAAGAUCCGCAUGGAAUCGGGUCUGCUGACCGAGCCGACCCUCCUGAGAGACAUGGAGGUGAGUGUGGCCGACCUGGAGGCGUCCAAGACGCGUCUGACCGCCAUAAUCGGUGAAUACGAGCGCAAGAUGCAACUCACGAGGGAGUUGCGGGCGAAAAUCAAAGUCAGGGGCGGCCGCGAAUCGACCUCGAAAUUGGAGUCGAAACGUCGCGGCCUGUGGAAGGGCCGACCCAUGGAACAUGGUGCAGGGCAGUGUUAG